AUUGCAUAUUGAAAUAAUCUUAAUCUAAAUAUAUAACAGCAAAAGGUCACUCGUUACGAAAUCUCGAAACAGCUUGAUGCAAAAAGAUGAAAUUUGGUAGGGAGGUAGUUUGUACUUAGUAGACGUCCGCUAAGAACGGAUUUUGCAUCAGGGUUGAGUAAAGGCAGUCUAAGGGCGAACGAAGUCGCCGGCGUCCGCUAGUAUGAAAUAUGUGUGCAUGUAAAGGAAAUUGGCUAGCCUUCGCUAAUCAAAGCCUACAUUCCGCUAUUUGAAUUGCUAUCCGGAUUACAUGAGAUAAGUUAAGAUAAGAAGUUGUCUUUUACUACUCCUACUAUAUUAUCAUCACAAUGCUACUUGUAUGUACCUAUUGAACGAUUCAUUAAUAAAAUAUCAUAGCUUCAAAAUUAGGAUAAAUUUAUUUAUGUUAAUCUAUAGGUUUUACUAGUAGUUUACCCUGAAUCAAUGUCUUAUGAAAUGUAUUUCUUACUUAGUUGACCCGCUCUCCUUCGGAAGGGGCAUUGUCUAGUAUCAACUGUAGCCGCAGAAGCCUAUAUCACGUGACGCUACCACCGUCUAGUUACCCAUCUGCGUCACCUUAUUAUUCCCUUACAAAAUAUUUUGCAAGACUUGUCAAGAAAAAGGUUAUCACAAGACAAAUGUUGCGCAAACUUUUACACGAAAAGACGUGGGCUAAAGCGUUCGAAUUGACUGGAUACCCGGUCAGACGGAGGCAUAAAAAUCACAUCAAACUUAAAAUCGAUAACGAUGGUACUAUUGCCACAGAGACAGAAGGUUCUGAUAGCGAUAGGAACUCAGAAGAUAGUGAUAGGGAGGUGGAGACAACAGAUUAUUCGAACUCGAGUUGCACUGAUGCAGAAGCUUCUAGCUCAAAUAAUCUUAUUGUAAGACAAAAUGCCAUGGACAGCAUUGGUCCUAGGACUAUCUCAUCGUCGUGUAGCAGUUGGGGAAGUAACUUUGGUUAUGUGCGAUAUUUCGACACAAGUAAUGAUAUGCAGUGUGAUAUGCCGCAAACUAACAUUGUAGGCGACUGCACCAAAAACAUAUUUGUAUCCCUCCCGUCCGAUACUGAUCUGAGAGACUCGAACGAGUACACUUUACAGAGGUCUUCCAAAGCCAAUAAUUUAAAUGUUAAUCCUUCACUUAAUCAACAUUCCGAUAGUGCUGAAAAUUCUAGUUUUGAAGUGAGGAAUUAUAAGGGCUGCGAGGAUUUGGUAAAUAUGGAUCAAAAUAUUCAAAUCAAUACUCUAGGCACAGAAGAAUCGGACUUUAUUCCAACACGACAAAGUUUUCCAAACUUCAGCGGCCGAAAUGACUUGUAUCCUAAGCUGUGGAAGUCUAAUGAAGAAUAUUACACUCGAGAAGACGAUGACAACAAUAAUAUAAUCAUGACAGACUUGCUGCAAGUACUAGAUCCACCCUCGCCCAAAUAUUGUCGCGACUUUCCGGUAGAUUCAAUAAUCAUUGAUCCACCACCUAUGUUCCGGAACGAAGACGAAGACCUUAAGAUUUUAAACGUUAAUCUGAACCCCAAUAUACCUUUUCGCAAACACUCGAUCAACUCUGAUAAAAGAAUUAGGAGGUCGAUGUCGAGGUCUAUGGUAGAAACUGAAAAUAAUAAAAAGAAUAACAAUUCACAUCUAGAGAGAAUGAGCUCUCAGUCGGAUAACUCUAAAGUUCGUCGAAAAUGUGAAUGUUGCAAUCGAUCCUUAUGUCCAAGUCCUAGAUCAUCGGAUUCCGGGGUCGCUGGAAGCUGUAAUUUGGCUUCUCCUGACUUAAAUAUGCACGGAAAUGACUCUGAUAGUCACGAAAAGUCAUCGGAUAAUAUGACAGAUUCUCUUAAUAAUUUGUCUCAAAACACAUUCAAUCAUCGAAAAUUGACGUUAUCUGAAAUUGAAGCUGCUAACUAUGAAGAUCAAUGCAGAUGCACGUCGCCUUUUGGGUCUACUGCUAGGACAUCAUGUGUCACUAGUGUUACUUCUGAAAGCAGCUUCGAUGUAAAAGAUUUGUCCAAUACAAACUUAACGUCUACAUUUGCUGCUAAUCCCCCUGUAUCCUCGCCUCAAAUUCAAAGGACAUCCAUACACAGGCACAUCGACAGAUACGUUCCAGAAAUAAAACUUAAACCCGAAGUACCUCCGCGUAUUUAUCGAAAACCCAGCACUCAUAUGGAAAUUCCUAAAAAUGUUCGGCAACCAAUGCCAUGUCAGUGGAGUACACUCAAUAUUACGGAACGCACAAAACCCAGUCUACAUUACCAUAUGCGAAUAUACCGAGAGAAACCGGAUGACAACUCAAACAGAUUGUCUCGAAAAGAGACCUCUCGCAAUUGCGAUAUUUACAACAAAGUUAACAAACAAACCAGUGAUAAAUCGAGUGUAACACAAAAAUCUAGAUCGCGUAGCGAAGAUUUGUCAAAAAUGCAGAAGAGUCUGACGGAAUCUCAGACUGGUUUCAUGGUGUAUCGUUCGGACUUGUAUGCCCACUGGUGGAUGAAAGCAAAAUUACCCAUUACCGUGGUCACCGACUCAGGCAAGGAUUAUUUUUUUGUAAAGGAAACUGUUUGUGUAUCACUGGUUUUGAAGAUAUUGCUGCCUUGAAUUUUGUAACCACUAGAUUAAUAUUGUCAUCAGAGUGACCCCGGUACUGCAGUGCUUUACUUGAUCAUCCUUGCCUGUGUUUAUUCAUUUACUAACAGAAAUAUCACUGCAAUUAGAUCAUACACUAACAUAUUAAGAAACUUGUGCAUGGAAAGGCUUACUAUGUUUGUCCAUGUACAUAAAUAAUAUAUUUUCAUCAGCAAACUCCCAAUUGAAUGGGUUGUAUUAAUGACGCAGCUAAAUGGCAGACUCUGCAGUAUAAACUUUUGUAGUAGUGUGAAUAAAAAAACAAGCCCAUUAUAAACAAAAAUGUGUACCUAAUAGUUGUAACCUUUAUGGCCUUUAGUACUAAUUGUGGCUUACAGUGUAUUUGCCGUGUUAGCUUAAGAUACCUGUAAUUCAUAUUUAAAUACAAUAGACUCAUUGAUUUGCUUUAUUUCAUUCUCUUAAAUUUACUUAAAUAAAUUUAAUCGUUCUAAUGGUAAUAAAGAUGGUUAGAAAGAAAAGAAAAAAGAGUAACAAGACAUCUUAUCUUACUAAUAUUGUAUAAACGCAAAGUUGGUAUGGAUGUUUGUUACUCUUUAACGCCGUUAUUACUAAAGCGAUUUGGCUGAAAUUAUAGGCUUCUUAUCCUGAAACGAUCCAUGGUUCCCGCGGUAUGGUAAAUCCCAUGAUAAAUAGGC